GCAGGAGAGACCGCGCCUUUGCCGCCUCUGCCGAGGACGCCGCGGGAUAGGAGGAGGACCGAGGGCUGAUGACAUGAGGGCGCCGUCUCCCGAGUGAUGGCAGCGCGCGCUGCCUCGCCGCCUCCGCCGCUCAGCCCCGGACUCCUUACGUCAGGGUAGCUGGGUCCCCCCUCCGCGCGGGAGCCAGCGAGCAGCGGGAGAGCAGAGCAGAGCGCGCCACGGAGCCGGGGCGCCCUCAUUGCGCGCCGCACCCCGCCGAGCCCCGCCGAGCCCCGCCGAGCCGGGCACCAGGCAGCGCCGCCGAGCCCGCGCGGGACGCCGCAUCCGCACCCGUCGCUCCCAGCCGCCGCCGCCCGGACCCGUGGGGCGCCGGGCUCAGCCUGGGCGCCCCCCGCCAUGCGCGCCGGGGUCCGCGGCUUCCCCGAGCAGCCCCAGCGCGGUGGGCACCGGCACCGGGGCCGAGGCGCCUCUCGCUAGAAGUGGUCGGGCGCCCGGAGCAGGGGGUCGCCACGUCGGGGACGCGGCCCGGACUCGCGGAGUCGGCCCCUGAGCGCGGGGAGCGGGGCCGCCCGCGCCGCCCCACCAUUACCUCCCCGGGCGGCAAGGAGGAGCUGGUGGCGGUCGCCUCCCGGCUGUGGCAGCGGCGGCGGCGCGCCUGCCUGGCGGCCGUCGGCGUGCUCCUGGCCAUGGCUCUGGGGCUGCUCAUCGCCGUGCCGUUGCUGCUGCAGGCGGCGCCCCCCGGCGCGGCGCACUACGAGAUGAUGGGCACCUGCCGCAUGAUCUGCGACCCGUACAGCGCCGCACCCGGCGCGGGGCCCGCGGGAGCCAAGGCGCCGCCGCCCGGACCCAGCACUGCCGCCCUGGAAGUCAUGCAAGACCUGAGCGCCAACCCCCCUCCCCCUUUCAUCCAGGGACCCAAGGGCGACCCGGGGCGACCCGGCAAGCCCGGGCCGCGGGGGCCCCCUGGAGAGCCGGGCCCUCCUGGACCCAGGGGUCCCCCAGGGGAGAAGGGCGACUCGGGGCGGCCCGGGCUGCCCGGGCUGCAGCUGACGGCAGGCACGGCAGGCGGUGUCGGGGUGGUCGGUGGCGGAACCGGGGGCGGUGGCGACUCUGAAGGCGAGGUGACCGGCGCGCUGAGCGCCGCCUUCAGCGGUCCUAAGAUCGCUUUCUACGUGGGUCUCAAGAGCCCCCACGAAGGCUACGAGGUGCUCAAGUUUGACGACGUGGUCACCAAUCUCGGCAAUCACUACGACCCCACUACCGGCAAGUUCAGCUGCCAGGUGCGCGGCAUCUACUUCUUCACCUACCACAUCCUCAUGCGUGGCGGCGACGGCACCAGCAUGUGGGCGGACCUCUGCAAGAACGGGCAGGUCCGGGCCAGCGCCAUCGCUCAGGACGCCGACCAGAACUACGACUACGCCAGUAACAGCGUGGUGCUGCACCUCGAUUCAGGGGACGAGGUGUACGUGAAGCUGGACGGCGGCAAGGCGCACGGAGGCAAUAACAACAAAUACAGCACGUUCUCCGGCUUUCUUCUGUACCCGGAUUAGGAGCGCAGGCAGCGCGAGGUGGAGUGGCUUCGGGCAGCCCUGGGCCCGUGGCGGAGAGCUGUUCCCUGGCUGGAGAGGACCACUCUCGCUUCAUAACUCUUCCUGAUAUCUAUGGAAAAGACACAUCCCUGCUGUCCUCCCUGCCCCCCUCCAGACCUCAGCGUGUCUGCAACUCACCAAGCUCGCUCAGCUCUGGGCUGUCCUCCCGGUCCCUGUCCCCAACCUGGGGAGGGAGAAGGGGAUGCCCUAGUGGCGAGGUGAGCGGGAACCUGAACCCCAGAGGUGGAGGCAGCUCAGUGCAGACUUUGCAAACGUGAUUGGACUGGACAGGCCCGGCGGGAGGCCUGCCCUUCCAGCCCUCCUCCCUCUCCGAGUCCCCUGAGACGGAGGGCUCCCAGCCCUGGCCAUCGAGGUAGGCCAAAGUGAGCAGGAGCUCCCUGGGGCAUCCUUCUUCGUGACCCCAAAAUACCUGUGCAAAUUUCCCUGUCCAUCAGCCAAAACCACCCGCAGCAGAAUCCCAGCAAACGGAAAAUUCACCUCUCCACCGCACUCCCGGGUCAGACCCACCUUGAUGCAUUAAAUUAUGUUUUUAGACCAUG